CAAAUAUUAAAUAAAAUAAUAGAAUACAUGUGUCUGUAUGUAUUGACUGGUCAAGUUGUCAUAUGUAUGGUAUCAUGAUGUUAGGUUUAUACACUAUACGGUACCAGGUUUAGCAUGUCGGAAAUACGUUAUGGUAUGUAAAUAUGGGCUAUAAUAACAAUGUCCCCACAUGGGCUGUGAUAGCGGUAACAGCCAUAUGCAGUAUAGCAAUAACAGUCGCUGUGCAGCGCAUAUCUUCGCCUGCCGAUGAGGGCUCUGGCAAUAAAAGAGGUUGUAAAAGCAAAUCAUUACGGAGCAAGCAGAAGAGUAUCGAUGCAAAAGAUGUGGGGGGUAAACAAGGGACUCUACGCGGUAUUUGUGAAGAAGAAUCAUUUUCGCCGCCAUUGCCAAGUGUUGUAGUAAAUGUACUUAAGACGUCUGGCUUAAGUUAUUUGGCUACGGUGAAUGCGGAAGGUGAACCACAUCUUUCUCUGAUGGCGUUUACGUACGUGCAAGAAGAUGAGAAAAUCGUACUCUCAACUAGAAGGGAUACGAAGAAAGCCAAUAACCUGCUGGUGUCUGGUGGCAUAGUAUCUCUUCUAAUCCACGACGGGGAUGCCGACACAGUCACAGUGAACCCGGUUGAACAAGAGAGCGCACAAGCCAAGUGCACCUGCAGCAUCACUUUGGUUGGCGAAGCUAGUGUGGAAUCGGGUGAACGAGCGGAGAGGUAUAGAGCCAAACAUUUAGAAAACAAUCCGAAGGGUGCUGUAUUUAUCAAUGGUGAUAACAUCGCCAUUGUAACGGUGAAGGUCUUGGAGGCUUCAAUCUGUAAUUCGAAAGACAAGGUAAAACGAUGGACAGCUUCGAGCGGAACCACGGAAUACAAAUGAACAUAGGGGCUCUAUGCGGGCACUCGCUUUCAUCUCGAAUCGAGUAUGUAGAUGGGCCGGGCAUACCCCACAGCUCCACGAUAUCGUUUUCCCCAUUCACCGAAUCCGAGUCGUUCCGGCUUAUAUAUUUCGUCCCUCCAUCAAAUACAAGUUGAUACAGACCAGGCCCUUUCUGGAGGCGCCACUAAUGCAUAGAACGGAACACCAUUGUCUACUGAUUUUUCCUCCCUUUUACGCAUGCAAUUAUAGUACUAUAAUGAAUAUUGAUAUUAAUGGACGUGAGGCUAAAACCCUAUUAAAAAAACCCCUAACCACAAUGGA